GAGUAAUUUAAAAUGGCGGCGGAGAGGAAAGUAGUGUAGUGUGAUUCGGAACGUGAGAAACUAAAUAUGUUAGCUUAGAUUUGAAAUCAAGGCGGACAGUAAUCCAUUUAAUUGCUUCAGACUCUCCAUGUUUUUGAUAAAUUAAAUUUCACAAUUUUGAAAUCGUACAAUGAUAAUUAAUGUGUUAGGAUGCGCUUGAACAAGUUCGCGAAAAUUGGAAUUUCAUGGUAUGAUUUCAUAUUCAUGAAUGCUCGUUUCGCUAUUUUCGAGCAUUUUUAUUUAAACUAUAAAUAAAUGUUAAUGAUCACCGGCUGUGGUGUGUACGGGUUCGUUCUGUCUAAAAGAUACAUAGAUAGUCGUCGUUACGAGAGUAUGAAAGUAAGGGAUCGUAUGCGGAAAGCCAACGCUGGAGAAUACGAACCCAGUUAUAGGAGAUUUUAAAUCCAAAAAUAAAAAAUGGGUAGCUUCUAUGACCUAGUGUGCAAGUAUCAAACAGUUGCUAUGAUUGAAGAAGCUUUUCUCAAACGAAGUACAUCCUUAAACAUAAAUAAUUUUGGAGUCACUGAAGUUCCAGAGGAGAUGAUGAAACUUGUAAAUUUGGUGCGAUUAAAGUUGCAUAACAAUAAAUUACGCUCUCUGCCGGAAAACAUCAACCAUUUAGAAAGAUUGCACACUUUAACUCUGGAUUAUAAUAGUCUGGAAACACUUCCAGAAAACUUUGGAUUAUUACAAAAUCUGGUCUGCCUUAAUUUGAGUCACAACCCAUUGAAAUCCCUUCCUGCUGAGAUCAUGACGUUGCCCAAACUUGAAGUUUUGUGGGUGAACAAUACUGAACUUCAGGCAAUACCAACAUCAAUAAAAAACCUCAUUCAUCUUGACACCUUUGGUGCUAGAGGGAAUCAAAUUUCUUCAAUUCCUGAAGAAAUAUCAACUCUUACAAGUCUCCGGUGGCUUACUCUGGAAGAUAAUCUUAUCACUGAAAUUCCCAACAACUUUGGUGCAUUACAAAAACUAAUCCAUCUUAAUCUAGCAAAAAAUUUGCUACCAGUAUUCCCUACAUCAAUUAUAGGAAUCCAGAGCCUCCAAUAUUGUGUGCUCAAUGGAAACAAUAUAAUUGAUGUUACACAACCCCAGAUAGAAGCAAUGCAGAACUGCAAAAAAAUUGACUUACAAUUUAAUCCUGUAACAAGUCUUCCAUGGUUAAAAGAUUUUCAAAAUGUGAUAUUGGAAGAGAGUACAGAGCAAUCUAAUCAUGAUUCUGAUUCUGAAUCUGAAGAUUGGGAAGACUCUGUUCCCUCCAGUGAAAUUGACCUAAGUGAAAGUUCAGAUGAGGAAUAUUAUGACAAUGAUGAGGUUAUAGCUGCUCUUCCAGAUAUAGUUCAAUUUACAUUAAUGGGAUGAUUUGUGACCAAUAAACUUUUUCAGCAAAUUUAAGAAAUAACCUUACAUUACUGGAGAUAUGCUCCCAUAAAAGACCUGUCCAAAGCAAAUCCAAGGAUUUCAUUGUUCUCUAGAGCCCCCAUACUGACUUCGAGAUGAGCAAGUGUUCCGUAGGUAAAAUUUUGAAGAAUUGCUAUGCAGUUGUUGGCUUUAUAUGAAUCUUUUUUAUAGUUGAGCUUGUCACAUCCUUGGGCAUGGCAAAUGAAGUUUCUCAGAAACUCCUCAAGGAUAGUUGCCAAUCUAUUGACAGUGCACCUUGGAUUUCCAGUUCAUAAUCCAAAAAGAUUAAAUCAUAAAAAUACCCCUGAACUAAAUUAUUAUUAUUAUUAUUAU